GCUGAGCUGCUCUGCAUGCAGACAAACUGAAACAUUUCACCAUCAGGCUGCAGGAGUUGACCUGACUGGAGCUCACUGGACCUACGGUGAGUUCAGCCUCUGAGUAGAUACAGGAAGCUAUUAAAACGACAGGAAGUGAACAGACGUGUCCUGCAUCUGCUGAGUGUGAAGAAACAAACAUGAGCGUUUGUUCCUGCUGCUGUGAACAGAUCUGAUCUGUGGUCAAAGUGUCGCCACCUCACAGGAAACAGAAGAGUGCUCACAGAGAACACAACCAGAGUGCAUGAUGGGACUGAAGACGUUGCUGCUGCUCUCUCUACUCGGUGUUCUGGAGGUGAUGUUGGCAGCCAGCAGCCAUCAUGGCCACUCCAUGCCUGGAUCUCCAUACAACAUCAGCAGGAUAGACAGCAGCCUCCAGAAGGUGGUCCUCGCUGCUGCCUACUCAUUCAACAACCAAUCAAACGAUGCCUAUCUCUUCAAGCCCUCCGCCAUCCGCAGAGCACAGCGGCAAAUUGUGAAGGGAAUUCGGUACAUUGUAGAUUUGGAGAUUUCCAGAACCGUUUGUCGUAAACGAGACAACAACAACAACCUGUCAAACUGUGACUUUCAGCCUGAAGGUCGUCUGCACCAGACUUUUAAGUGUCACUUGGAGGUUUGGGUGAUUCCCUGGAAUAAAAAGAGCACAAUUCAGGUGUUUGUCUGUAAACCGUGAAACCACCAGCUGACCCUCCACAUACCUUGUCAUCCUCUGUCACCACCAUCCUCCACCAUCUUCAAUGUUCACCCUCAUCCUCAAUGAUCUUCAUCAUGUCCAGAUAGGGUUUACCUGUUGAAGUCAAAUUCACCUGUUUGACCUGCUGCUCUACACCUCCUCUUAUCUGUCAAACUAAAUGUCUCACAAAAAUAAAAUCAAUCUAUUAGCUUC